CAUGGUGACGCAGCUGCCCUGCACGCAGCCACACCAUGGGCUGGAGAUGCCACUGUCCGCUCGGUUUAAUGAUCAAUUAGCUCCCUGCCAGGAAGUCCUUUCUGACCUGGUUUGCCCCUCAGUCCCUCGGGCUUGGACCUAGUGCCUGCGGCAGGACAGCCAUGGCCGCCAACUCCACCAGCGACCUCCAUGCUCCCGGGACGCAGCUAAGCGUGGCUGACAUCAUUGUCAUCACCGUGUAUUUUGCUCUGAAUGUGGCCGUGGGCAUAUGGUCCUCUUGUCGGGCCAGCAGGAACACGGUGAAUGGCUACUUCCUAGCAGGCCGGGACAUGACGUGGUGGCCGAUCGGAGCCUCCCUCUUCGCCAGCAGCGAGGGCUCUGGCCUCUUCAUUGGACUGGCGGGCUCAGGCGCGGCAGGAGGUCUGGCCGUGGCAGGCUUCGAGUGGAAUGCCACGUACGUGCUGCUGGCACUGGCGUGGGUGUUCGUGCCCAUCUACAUCUCCUCAGAGAUCGUCACCUUACCUGAGUACAUUCAGAAGCGCUAUGGAGGCCAGCGGAUCCGCAUGUACCUGUCUGUCCUGUCCCUGCUACUGUCUGUCUUCACCAAGAUAUCGCUGGACCUGUAUGCGGGGGCUCUGUUUGUGCACAUCUGCCUGGGCUGGAACUUCUACCUCUCCACCAUCCUCACCCUUGGCAUCACGGCCCUGUACACCAUCGCAGGGGGCCUGGCCGCUGUAAUCUACACGGAUGCCCUGCAGACGCUCAUCAUGGUGGUGGGGGCUGUCAUCCUGACAAUCAAAGCUUUCGACCAGAUCGGCGGUUACGGGCAGCUGGAGGCAGCCUAUGCCCGGGCCAUUCCCUCCAGGACCAUUGCCAACACCACCUGCCACCUGCCGCGUGCAGACGCCAUGCACAUGUUUCGAGACCCCCACACAGGGGACCUGCCGUGGACCGGGAUGACCUUUGGCCUGACCAUCAUGGCCACCUGGUACUGGUGCACCGACCAGGUCAUCGUGCAGCGGUCACUGUCAGCCCGGGACCUGAACCAUGCCAAGGCGGGCUCCAUCCUGGCCAGCUACCUCAAGAUGCUCCCCAUGGGCCUGAUCAUCAUGCCGGGCAUGAUUAGCCGCGCACUGUUCCCAGAUGACGUGGGCUGCGUGGUGCCAUCCGAGUGCCUGCGGGCCUGUGGGGCCGAGGUCGGCUGCUCCAACAUCGCCUACCCCAAGCUGGUCAUGGAACUGAUGCCCAUCGGUCUUCGGGGGCUGAUGAUCGCAGUGAUGCUGGCCGCGCUUAUGUCGUCGCUGACCUCCAUCUUCAACAGCAGCAGCACCCUCUUCACUAUGGACAUCUGGAGGCGGCUGCGGCCCCGCUCCGGCGAGCGAGAGCUGCUGCUGGUGGGACGGCUGGUCAUAGUGGCGCUCAUCGGCGUGAGUGUGGCCUGGAUCCCCGUCCUGCAGGGCUCCAACAGCGGGCAACUCUUCAUAUACAUGCAGUCAGUGACCAGCUCCCUGGCCCCACCAGUGACUGCAGUCUUUGUCCUGGGCAUCUUCUGGCGACGUGCCAACGAGCAGGGGGCCUUCUGGGGCCUGAUAGCAGGGCUGGUGGUGGGGGCCACGAGGCUGGUCCUGGAAUUCCUGAACCCAGCCCCGCCCUGUGGAGAGCCAGACACGAGGCCGGCCGUCCUGGGGAGCAUCCACUACCUGCACUUCGCUGUUGCCCUCUUCGUACUCAGCGGUGCUGUUGUGGUGGCUGGAAGCCUGCUGACCCCACCCCCACAGGGUGUCCAGAUUGAGAACCUUACCUGGUGGACCCUGGCUCGGGAUCUGCCCUUGGGAACCAAAGCAGGUGAUGGCCAAAUGCCCCAGAAACACGCUUUCUGGGCCCGUGUCUGUGGCUUCAAUGCCAUCCUCCUCAUGUGUGUCAACAUCUUCUUGUACGCCUACUUCGCCUGACACUGCCGCUCUGGGCAGGAAGGCAGGAGCUCCGAGUCCUCAGGUCCACCCUUUUCCCUCAUGGGGAUCGCGAGGCCCCAAGAGGGGCAGAUUCCCCUCACGGCUGCACAGCGGCUCGGUGCCCAAGAACUGGCCAAGCCAGCAAAGCAGGAGCCCUGAAAACUUAGGGGGGAAAUGGGAGAAAAACAUGUGACAUUUCAAAAACAGCGCCAAAGCAGUCAUCAUUGGAAAGAAAAUUAGAUUUCUGAUGGACAUCCUGA